GCGGAAAUAUGGAGGUCGGCGCCAAUACUGCCAACACCAGCUACACGUUGCUGAUCCUUGUGUCCGGCUGUCGUUACUGGGAUGAAGACAACAACACAUGGUCAUCUGAAGGAUGUCGGGUCGGUCCCCUCACCACGAAGUACAGGACUCAGUGUUUCUGUGACCACCUGACCUCAUUUGGAGCUGACGCUGUUGUGGCUCCAAACACCAUCGAUUUCACCAACGUUUGGGCCAAGUUCAACCGUCUCGGGGAAAACGCUGCAGUCUUCUCGACCGUCAUCACCCUGCUGGGGCUUUACGUCAUUUUACUCAUCGUCUUGCGGCACAUGGACAAGAAAGAUUUGAUCAAAUGGGGCGCCCUGCCACUAGAGGACAACCUACCCACGGAUAGCUACCAUUACCUGGUUACCGUACAGACAGGCAUCAAGAAGGGAUCUGGCACCGACUCUCGGAUCAGGUUCAUUGUAUCUGGAGAGGAUGGGGAUUCUGGCGUCAGAAAGCUGAUAGAUGUUGAUAAUAAGAGGAAGCACUUACCAAGAGGCUCCAUUUUCAACUACGUGAUGAGUGUGGAUGGCUGCCUAGGACCCUUGACCUUCCUGCGCAUCUGGCACGACAACAGCGGCAAGGGCCAGAACAAAUCUUGGUAUCUUGACAAUGUACAGAUCAAUGACCUGCAGACAGGAGAGAAGUUUACAUUCUUAUGUGACCGCUGGUUGGCCGUCGAGAUGGAUGACGGGUCGGUGGACCGAAUCCUUCCUGUGGCAGGUAUCGAUGACUUGAUUGCAUUCAAACAACUCUUCACAUCCUCGGCCAGGAAGAAGCUCAGCAAUGAUCAUUUGUGGAUUUCCCUGUUCUCCCGGCCAGCUCGGAGUAACUUCACCAGA